AUGGCUUCGCAACCCGAUUUACAGCAGCCUGCUGCAGCAGCAGCACCUGGGGGUACAUCUCCUGCUCCCUCUACAAUCACAACCAGCAGCAGCAGCAGCAACAGCAGCAGCAGCAGCAAUGAGGGUUCUUCUUUAUGUUCUCCGCAAGUGUUAGAGACACUAUGGCAUUCAUCAUUAAGGAAGGGAGAGGGACCUUUAUCUACUAAGGAGACAACUGUCUCCGUUGCUGUCUCCUCCCCUGCAGAUAUGGGUAAUAUUGGCUAUACAUCAGAUGUCUUAGAUGCAGCAGCUGGGGGCUCUGCUGCAGCAGCAGCAGGAACAGCAGCAGCAUCCACUGCUGCUGCUGCUGCACCUGCUGCAGGUGUUGGAAGCAGCUGCGGGGACUGUCUCUCUUUGAGUCCCUUUUUAGGCUCUUACUCUAAUGGUGGAUGUCUAAGGGAGUUGCUGCCAGAAGGAGACAGCAGCGCAUGCAAAGGCAGCAGCAACAGCAGCAGCAGCAGCAGCAGCAGCCCCAAAGUGUCUCCUCCUGCUUGCUGCUCGCUUACUGCUGCAGCGGGUCCCGUCAAUGUUAAAGGUGGAGACAAUGUACUGUCUCCUCCAACCCAAGAUCUAUCGGAGACACUUCCCAUAGCAGCAGCAGCAGCAGCAGCAGCAGGGAAGGUCCCCUCAGGGGGGCCCCAAGGAGACAAUUCUCUUGCCUUAGCUGCUCUUAACUCCCCUACUGCAGCACAGGCAUCGAGCUCUACUGCAGCAACAACACCCUUAGCAGCAGAAGCAGCAGAUAUCCCUCCUGCUGCUCAUAGUCCCUCUUCUGUCCCUCCUGUAGGGAAUACAACAAUGUCUCAAGAAGCUGAACCUGCUGCUGCUGCUGCGGCAGCAGCAGCAGCAGCUGCUGCUACGGACACCCCACCAACAGCAGCAAACAACAGUGCCCUCUCCUCAACACAGGCUGUCCUAAUAGAGUUGAUACAGAGUCUUGGUUCUGGCUGCAACAGCGGCAGCAGCAGCAGCAGCCCUGGGGGUAGUCCGUCUCCUCCAACUGCUGCAGCAGCAGCAGCAGCAGCAGCAACUGCUGCAUCCAUAGCGCAGCAUAUUGAACGUAUAAGUAAGGCGUCAAGCUUCGCAGAUAUGGAGGCCUACAUCUACGCCUUUCAGCAUUUGCUGCCAGCUGCAUGCAGCCAGGGCCCACUUAAUGCUGCUAGAUGCAGCAACCUUCUCUCUGCAUUAAAUCUUGUUUGCCGUAAGGAUACACCUGCUGCUGCUGCUGCUGCUGCUGCAGCAACAGCAACAGGUGCAGCAGGUGCAGGUGCAGCAAGUCAUACACAGAUACCGACGACCGAGGGUUCUGCGGUGGAGAAUCAUACCAGCAGCAAGAGCAGCAGCAAAAACAGCAGCAGCUGCAACAGCAGCAGCAGCAGCAGCAGCACAUGUUUGGCAUUGGACAAUGUGGGGUUGUCCCCUCUGCAGCGCCUUCAAAAGUGUCUCCUUCCUUAUCCUCCUCCUUCUUUUGCUGCGCUGCAGCAGCUUUGCUGCGAGCUGCUAGAGGCAUUAUUUAGCAUCCAUCUAGCUGGCAGCAGCAGCAGCAGCAGCAGCAAACUGCUGCCGCUGCUGUCGCGUUCUCCGGUGUAUAUACACCAUUAUAACAACAUAUUAGCUGCUCAGGCCCCCCCUCAGCUGCAUAUUUACUCGCAUGUUAUACUAGGGAAGCUGCUGCUGCAUGCGGUGCAUGCAGCACCCUCUUUGCUGCUUGCUGCUGCAGCAGAAGGGUCCCUGCUGCUGCCGGAGGAGAAACCCCAUGAUCUAUUAAGGAGACUGCCACAACCUGUUAUUGAGGAAGCAGUUGCUGCACUGCAGCUGCUAUACGAAGCAGCAAAUAACAAGACCGCUGCUGCUGCAGUUGCUGCUGCUGGAGAUGCGUCCACAGCAGCAGCAGAGGGUCCUGCAGCUGCAGCAGCAGGACUGCGCGGUCGACGGUUGGGCGAGGAGUGCCGAGGCUUGUCGGUCGAUGCUGCUGCAGCAGCAGCAGCAACAGCAGCAGCAGCAGCAUCUGCAACAGCAACCCCCGUACCGUCCCUUCUAUGCAGCCCAACAAUCCGUUCUUUAGAGGCAGCAUCGGAGACAGAAGGUUUAAUGUCUGCUGCUGCUGCUGCUGCUGGUGUAAAGGGGGCUGACGUACGGGGUGUCUCCCGUGGCUGCGGGGACUUUGUAUGUGGGUCUCCUUUACCUCCUAGUGCUCCUUUCCCUACUCCUGCUGCUGCUGUUGGGCCUGCAGCAAACGGAGACAAACAACACCUCCUAGGGACACCUGCAGCAACUGUCUCCUCUUUUGCUGCUAGAGACAAGAAGGGGUCUGUGGAGACAACCUCCGAGUUGCUGCGGGCAUUAGGGGCCCAGGCAAUAGCUGACGUCUGUUCCUCUCCGCUGCAGCAGCAGCAGCAGCUGCAGCAGCAACAGCACCAAAUCCAGCAGCAACUGCAGUUACAGCAGCAGCUGCAGCAACAACUGCAGCAACAAUUGCAGCAACAACUGCAGCAACAACUGCAGCAGCAACUGCAGGAAGGCAACAGCAUGGCAAAACGCUGUGCUUCCUACCCUCUUGCUGCUCUUAUGGAGUACCCUGCUGCUGCUGCUGCAGGAGGGGUCAAGCCGGACACAGCUGUUGCUGCUGCAGCGCCACUGAUAACAAGAAGCACCAGCAGCUCGUUGUGGGGUUCAGAAGCCGCAUCGCAAGAGGUUGCUGCUGCAGGUCUAGAUCUUGCUGCUGCGGGUGGCACCGGUGCAGCAGCAGCAGCUGCUGCUGCUGCAGCAGCACCGCAAGUGUGUGGAAGCCCAAUGGGUGAUUUGCUGUCUCCUUCAGGGUCGCCAAGUGUCUCCUUUGAUGCUACACAAGACAGCUGGGUAGCUCUAUGGAAGAACCAGGGGAAGAACAGCAGCAGCAGCAAAAACUUUGGCUGCAGCAAGUAUGGAGGGAGAGACGAGACGCAGCAGCAAGCAGUGCGUGUUACAAAGCGCAUGCAGCACAAAACAGAAGCACCUCAAGGAGGAGACGCAACGGCAGCAGCUGCAGCUGCAGCUGCUGCUGGCCCUCUGGUAGCAGCAUUGCCUCCUGCAACGCCAAACGCCGCCAGUGCAGCACAAGCAACAGCAGCAGCAGCAGCAGAGAUAUGCAGUCUCCUUGCUAGUCUUGAAGCAGCACCAUCAGCUAAAGGUGCUCUUGCUGCUGCGCUGCAGCAGCCGCUGCUGCCCUUACAAAGUAUUGUUGAUACUGAUUUGCUAGGAGGGGCCUCCUUAGGCUUAAAGGGCCCCGCAUCUGCUCGUACCCUAUUAGGGGAUGGUACCCUUAAGGCCCUUAGUUUGUUGCAAGACGUGAAGUGCAACGGCAGCGCGGCGUCUUCCCACAACAGCAGCAACGGCAGCAACAACAGCAGCAACAGCAGCAGCAGCACCGCAGCUUCCCAUCCGGGUAUGCCGCGCAAGCUUAAGACAAAGAGAUCUGCUGCUUCCUCCAGCUCCGAAUGGAGUUUUAAUGGGGGCCCCCGAGGGUCCUCAGGACGUACAAGGGGUGUUAGUACGAAGGGGAAGGGGGGCCCCCAUGGAUCUGGGGAAGGUCGUAGGCUUCCAGCAGCUGCUGCCGCCGCAGCCGCAGCAGCAGCAGCUGCUGCAACAGCAACAGCAACAGCCGAAGAAUUGCGUCGUUUGGGUCACAAAUGCAGCAGUAAUAACAGCAGUAAUAACAGCAGCAACAGCAACAGCAGCAACAACAGCAACAGCAGCAGUACAAGUACAAUGAGCAGCAGCAACGGUGGUUAUUUACCCGCAUCAGUAGUAUCAUCAGGACAAUCCCCAUCCUUUUCCUCCCUCCACCACCCUACAACAACAACGAGCACAACGAAUCACCACCAACAAAAUAAUAAUCAUAAUAAUCAUAUGCAGCAGCACCAUCAUCAUCAUCACCAGCAACAACACCAGCAGCAACAUCAGCAGCAACACCAGCACCAGCAGCAACAACAACAACAGCAGCAGCAGCAACAACAACAACAAUUACAGCUACCACAGCAGCAGCAGCGUCUACGUGUCGUAUCUGGAAGCAUCACUUUUGAUCGAAGCCAAAAUAGAUUUAUGGCUCAAUGGAAAACGAGUGAUGGAUCGAAGCAUAGGUCGCAUCAUCAUCAUAGCAGCAGCAACAACAGCAACAGCAGCAACAACAGCAGCAACAACAGGUUGCUGCUUGAUGUUAGUCCCCCUAUACAUGAGGCAUUAGAGUGUGUAUUGUCCCGAUCUAUACGGUCGUGUAUUGAGGAAGCAGGAGACACAGCAGCAGGACCUCCUCCUGCUGCAGCAGCAGAUGCACCCUUAGUUAAAUCUAUUAAGGCAGCAGUUGCUGCUGCAGCAGCAAGCUGCCAAGAGACAGAUGAGAAUUGCUGCUCCCCUCCUCAGCCUCUUGAUGCAACUAUAUGGGACGACGCAGGAGGGGGGGCCCUGUCUCAAGACAGCGAAAGGGGGCCCCUACUAGCAUUCUGCAGCAGCAACAGCAGCAACAAUAAUAAUAGCAGCAGCAGCGGCAGCAAAAGCUCUUCGGGAACCGCAAACAAGAGAUGCAGACAGCAAACAUCAUCUGCUGCUGCAGCUACAUCAGCUGCAGCAGCAACUGCAGCCGCUGCAGCAGCAGCAGCGGCAGCAACAGCAACAGCAGCAGGAGGUAAUCCUGCAUUUAAUGCUUCUCCUGAGCCUCAUUAUAAGAGGCUACGUCAUCUACUUAAUGCUGCUGCUGCUCCUCCUUCUUCCCUUCUUCCUCCUAUGCCUACUUUGUUAUCAAGGGAACAAGACAAUGGUAGCAAAGAAGAUAAUAAUGAACUGCAGCAGCAGCAGCACGAGCUGCAGCAACUCCAGCAGCAGCAUGCGGAACCUGCAAAAUUUGCAGCACCCGCAAAAAGAGAAGCAGCACCGUCUGUAGCAGCAGCAGCAGCAGCAGCAACUGCAGCUCCUGCUGCAGCAGCAACCGCUCAUGACUCAAUUAAAGAACUGCCUUCUGUAUAG